GUCACAGUCACCAUGAAGGUCCCGAUGGAAAUCCCGCUCAUCGGGUCGCCGGGGUUCACCUCGGGUCGACACAUGGAGGCGCUGCUCUCGACACCCAAGCACUUCGCGGGGGAGUACGUGCACACGGCUAACGUGGCGACAGGCAUCAAGAUGGAGUACAUGCUGGAGACCAACGCGGAUGCGAAGACCCCCGCGUGCCGGAAUCUGCCUGAAGAGCGGUUGGUGCUGAUCAUGGGUUUCCUGCAGUUGAAGGAGCUGUGGGGGCCCGUGAUCGACAUGCUCAUGAAGAAAUGGGACGCCAAGAAGCAGGGCAGGAACUUGACCGUCUUGACCUUCGACAACCGCGGGGUGGGCGGCACCGACGCGCCGUUGGGGAGAUACACGACCAGCCAAAUGGCGGAGGACGCGCUGAGUCUGCUGGACCAUCUCAGAUGGAAAUCAGCACACUUCGUCGGCAUCAGCAUGGGCGGCAUGAUCUCCAUCGAGUUGGCUUGUGCGGCCCCGGAGCGCGUGGAGUCGUUGUCGCUGUUGGUGAGCACUCGAGGCAGGUACAUCCCCGAUAUGCGAUCGAUGAUCCCAUUGCUAGGCGCCAUCUUCUCGCCCACGCAGACGGGAGUCGUCAAGAACACCGUGUCGCUCAACUACCCGCCCGACUUCCUCGACCGACCGGUCGGCGACCAUCAGGACGUGCGCAGCGUGCUCGAGCGGCACUACUCGACGCUGCCGAACCGCCACAAGCCGGCGGGCUACAAGGCGCUGCUGUGCCAGGGCCUGGCCGUGCAGACCCACUACGUCUCGGACGAGCGGCUCGAGAUCAUCGCGCAGGCGGGCUUCCCCGUGCUGGUCGUCGGCAGCAUGCAGGACAUCCUGAUCCCUCCGGAGGAGUCCGUCAAGCUGCUGCAGCUCCUGCCGGGCGACCAGGUGCGCGCCUUCUUCUUCAAGAACGGCGGCCACGGCAUUGACACGCAGUUCGCCGAGGAGGUCGCCGACGGACUCGUGGAGACCGUGAAGCGGGCCCGACUCUGA